UCUUCAUUCCCUCUCUAAAAACAGCAACCAAUGGGAGAAGCGGCGGAGCAAGCACGUGAAUAUGACUUCCACGUGACCACCACUAGGAAGCAGCUCAUCACGGCGGCUCUUCCACUCCAGGACCACUGGCUCCCUCUCUCAAACCUCGACCUCAUUCUUCCUCCUGUCCACGUCAGUGUUUGUUUCUGCUACAAGAAACCACGUAGCAUGACUAAUUCAAUGGCUCAUGAAACCCUCAAGACGGCUUUGGCGGAGACUCUCGUCUCCUAUUACGCUUUUGCCGGCGAGAUUGUCACUAAUCCCACCGGAGAACCUGAGAUUCUCUGCAACAACCGCGGUGUAGAUUUCAUGGAGGCCAGUGCUGACGUGGACCUCCGAGAGCUUAACCUCUAUGAUCCUGAUGAAAGUAUUGCCAAGCUUGUUCCCAUCAAGAAACACGGAGUCAUAGCGAUUCAGGUGACUCAACUGAAAUGUGGGAGCAUAGUUGUGGGAUGCACAUUUGAUCAUCGUGUAGCGGAUGCAUACUCCAUGAACAUGUUCCUUGUAUCGUGGGCCGAGAUCUCUCGAUCUGAUGUGCCAAUCUCUUGUGUACCAUCGUUUAGAAGAUCUCUAUUAAACCCUAGAAGACCAUUGGUCAUGGAUUCAGCUAUAGACCAGAUGUACAUACCUGUCACUUCCUUGCCCCCUCCGCAAGAAAUCACCAAUCCAGACAGUAUCCUUGCGAGCCGUCUCUAUUACAUCAAAGCGGAUGCCCUCGGAAAGCUUCAAACCCUAGCUAGAGGCUCAAAGAUGGAAGUUAAAAGGACAAAACUCGAAUCUUUCAGCGCGUUUCUAUGGAAACUCGUGGCCAAACAUGCAGCAAGAGAUCCAGUCCCGAGCAAGAACUCGAAACUAGGGAUCGUUGUGGACGGAAGGAGGAGACUUAUGGAGCAAGAAAACAAUACUUACUUCGGAAACGUUCUAUCAAUUCCAUUUGGUGGGCAACAGAUUGAUGACUUGAUCAACAAGCCAUUGUCUUGGGUGACCGAAGAGGUUCACAAGUUCUUGGAGACUGCUGUCACCAAAGAACAUUUCUUGAACUUGAUUGAUUGGGUUGAGACACGACGCCCAACACCUACGGUUUCAAGAAUCUACAGCACCGGGUCAGAGGACGGACCCGCCUUUGUGGUUUCUUCAGGGAGGAGUUUUCCGGUGUCCCAAGUGGAUUUCGGGUGGGGCUCGCCGGUGUUUGGAUCUUAUCAUUUCCCAUGGGGAGGUAAUGCAGGAUAUGUGAUGCCUAUGCCGAGCUCGGUGGAGGAUGGAGACUGGAUGGUUUACUUGCACCUCACGAAAGGACAGUUGAAGUUUAUUGAGGAAGAGGCUUCUCAAGUGCUUAAACCCAUUGACAAUAAUUACCUCAAAAUUUAAAACCCUAAUCUGUUGUUAAUGCAAUAUCUAUUACGGGUCUUUUGUGUUAUGCAUGUCAUAUGUGAUAUUAUGUUUGUCUUGGGUCUUUGUUUUUUUUUUUGUAAUAUAA